AUGGAAACGUCAUUAACCUCAACCGCAAACCCACCAACGUCCGCGACUCUCACAAUACGUAUAAUAAAAAACUUUGAGUAUCGUACUGUGAAAAAUCUCGUGUUACAAAAUGUGAACUUGGAAUCUACUACGUUUAACGGCAUUUCUUUAAUUAUGAACUUCUUCAAAGCGAUAAAUUCAACACCCGGUUUCAAGCCUUUUCGAUCUGUGAAUUAUGACACCUUAAAAGUAUACACAAAAGCACAUGGCACAAAGUCACAAAAUUUAGUAAUAAAUUUGGAACAUGAUGACGACUGGAUUAUGAAUAACGAUCAGGCUACUUUGAUUUCUUAUGGACUGGAGAAUGAAACAGAACUUUCCUUCUUUGAUCUUGCUGCCUACCAAAUAUACAAAACUCAUCCGGAUGUGAUUAAGUGGGAUUAA